AGCUCUCCAAAGCUUCAUCUCAAUGCUAGCUGUGGCAGAUGGCAACGGAUCCUAUGGCAGCAGCUGUAGAAUGAGUAAUAAUAUCAAUUUGAAUAAAAACCCGGACUCUUCUGUUUCUAUAUCGAAGAUGGACCUGAUCAUCCCGUUCUCACCAGACGUACCCUGUGACAACAAUGGUCAGCGCAUGUGGUGGGCUUUCCUCGCCUCAUCCAUGGUGACGUUCUUCGGGGGUCUCUUCAUCAUCCUCCUGUGGAGGACCCUUAAGUACCUGUGGACGGUCUGCUGCCAUUGCAACAUCAAAAACAAGGAGGCUCAGAAGGUGAAUAACCCUAUGAACAGUCAGGCUGAUGGCCAACCGAAGAACCCGAAUGAUAAAGAUGACGCCCCAGCCAGCGAGGUGGGCUGGAUGACCUCAGUCAAAGACUGGGCGGGGGUCAUGAUCUCAGCACAGACCCUUACUGGCAGAGUUCUGGUGGUGUUGGUCUUUGCACUCAGCAUCGGAGCUCUGGGAAUAUACUUCAUAGAUUCUUCGGAUCCUAUAGAAUCCUGUCAGAAUUUCUACAAAGACUUCACGUUACAAAUUGACAUGGCAUUCAACGUGUUCUUCUUACUCUACUUUGGCCUGCGUUUCAUAGCAGCCAAUGAUAAGCUGUGGUUCUGGUUGGAGGUGAACUCAGUGGUGGACUUCUUUACAGUACCGCCCGUGUUUGUGUCAGUGUAUCUGAACAGGAGCUGGCUGGGUCUGAGGUUUCUAAGAGCCUUGAGAUUGAUACAGUUCUCAGAAAUUUUACAGUUUUUGAAUAUCUUAAAAACAAGUAAUUCCAUCAAGCUGGUGAACCUGUGUUCCAUCUUCAUAAGCACAUGGCUCACUGCUGCAGGAUUCAUUCAUCUGGUGGAAAACUCAGGGGAUCCAUGGGAAAACUUCCAAAACUCUCAACCGCUCUCAUAUUGGGAAUGUGUGUACUUAUUAAUGGUCACUAUGUCCACGGUGGGAUAUGGAGACGUCUAUGCAAGAACCACUCUUGGACGCCUUUUCAUGGUCUUCUUCAUUCUCGGUGGUCUGGCCAUGUUUGCCAGCUACGUCCCUGAAAUCAUAGAGUUAAUAGGAAACCGCAAGAAAUAUGGUGGUUCCUAUAGUGCGGUAAAUGGCAGAAAGCACAUUGUGGUCUGUGGUCAUAUCACGCUCGAAAGUGUUUCCAACUUCCUUAAAGACUUCCUACACAAGGACAGGGAUGAUGUCAAUGUAGAAAUUGUUUUUCUUCAUAAUAUUUCCCCUAAUCUUGAGCUGGAAGCCUUGUUCAAACGUCACUUCACUCAGGUGGAAUUCUAUCAAGGAUCGGUCCUCAACCCGCAUGAUCUAGCAAGAGUAAAGAUCGAGUCAGCGGACGCCUGCUUGAUUCUUGCAAACAAAUACUGUGCAGACCCCGAUGCUGAAGAUGCCUCUAAUAUCAUGAGAGUAAUAUCUAUCAAGAACUACCAUCCAAAGAUCAGAAUAAUCACUCAAAUGUUGCAGUACCACAACAAGGCCCAUCUGCUAAACAUUCCCAGCUGGAACUGGAAGGAGGGUGAUGAUGCGAUCUGCCUGGCCGAGCUGAAGGCAGGCUUCAUAGCCCAGAGCUGCCUGGCACAGGGCCUGUCCACCAUGCUCGCCAACCUCUUCUCCAUGAGGUCAUAUAUCAAGAUUGAGGAGGACACAUGGCAGAAGUAUUAUCUGGAGGGAGUGGCCAAUGAAAUGUACACUGAGUACCUGUCCAGUGCCUUUGUGGGGCUUUCAUUUCCUACAGUUUGUGAGCUGUGCUAUGUGAAGCUCAAGUUGUUGUUGAUCGCUGUUGAGUACAAGACAGAGCAGAGGGAAAGCAGAAGCAGAAAGCGUAUUCUGAUCAACCCGGGAAAUCAUGUUAAGAUGCAGGAGGGGACACUGGGAUUCUUUAUCGCCAGUGAUGCCAAAGAGGUGAAAAGAGCAUUUUUCUACUGCAAAGCAUGUCAUGAUGACAUCACAGAUCCCAAAAGGAUUAAAAAGUGUGGCUGCAAGAGAAUGACAUAUUCCAAGAUGUCCGUCUACAAGCGAAUGAAACUGGCAUGUUGUUUUGAUUGCGGGCACUCUGAGCGCGACUGCUCGUGCAUGUCAGGCAGUGUACAUAGUAACAUGGACAGUCUUCAGAGGGCCUUCCCACUUUCUUCUGUCUCUGUUCAUGAUUGCUCAACCAGUUUACGUGCCUUCGAAGAUGAGCAUCCGUCAACACUGUCGCCCAAAAAGAAGCAACGCAACGGAGGCAUGCGAAAUUCACCCAACUGCUCACCCAAAAUGAUGAGACACGACCCUCUACUCAUUCCGGGAAAUGAGCAGAUUGAGAACAUGGAUGCUAAUGUGAAAAGAUACGACUCUACUGGAAUGUUUCACUGGUGUCCGUCCAAAGAUAUUGAGAAGGUCAUUCUGACACGCAGCGAGGCCUCCAUGACGGUUUUAAGUGGACAUGUAGUAGUCUGUAUAUUUGGAGAUGUCACGUCAGCUUUAGUGGGGCUUCGAAACUUGGUGAUGCCUUUGAGAGCAAGCAACUUCCAUUACCACGAGCUAAAGCCCAUCGUGUUUGUGGGCUCAUUAGAUUAUCUGAGAAGAGAGUGGGAAACCCUUCACAACUUCCCUAAAGUCUCCAUCUUACCUGGUACGCCAUUAAGUCGAGCUGAUUUAAGGGCCGUCAACAUCAACCUCUGUGAUAUGUGCGUUAUCCUGUCAGCCAAUCAGAACAAUAUCGAUGAUGCUUCACUGCAGGACAAGGAAUGCAUCUUGGCGACUCUUAACAUCAAAUCUAUGCAGUUUGAUGACACCAUUGGGGUCUUGCAGGCUAAUUCUCAAGGUUUCACACCUCCAGGGAUGGAUAGGUCAUCUGCAGAUAACAGUCCAGUGCACGGAUUAGUGCGACAGGCAUCCAUCACCACGGGAUCAAACAUCCCGAUCAUAACUGAACUCGUGAAUGACUCCAACGUUCAGUUUUUGGACCAAGACGACGAUGACGACCCAGAUACGGAGCUGUAUCUGACCCAGCCGUUUGCCUGCGGUACCGCGUUCGCCAUCAGCGUGUUGGACUCCCUGAUGAGUGCGACAUACUUCAAUGAUAAUAUCCUCACCCUGAUCCGGACACUGGUCACGGGAGGCGCCACUCCGGAGCUGGAGGGCCUGCUGGCUGAGGAGAACGCGCUGAGAGGUGGCUACAGCACGCCGCAGACGCUGGCUAACAGGGACAGGUGUCGGGUCGCCCAGCUGGCCCUCUACGAUGGGCCCUUCGCAGACUUGGGGGAUGGUGGUUGCUACGGAGACUUAUUUUGUAAAGCAUUAAAAACGUACAACAUGCUGUGCUUUGGAAUCUAUAGAUUGCGAGAUGCACAUUUAAGUACAACUAGCCAGUGCACAAAAAGAUAUGUCAUCACAAACCCGCCUUAUGAUUUUGAGCUGGUGCCCACGGACCUGAUCUUCUGUCUGAUGCAGUUUGACCACAACGCGGGCCAGUCCCGAGCGAGCCUGUCCCACUCCUCCCAUUCCUCUCAUUCAUCCAGCAAGAAGAGCUCAUCUGUUCACUCCAUCCCCGCCACGAACCGGCAGAACCGCAGCAGCAAAGCACGUGAAGCCCGUGACAAACAGAAUGCAACAAGGAUGAAUAGAAUGGGCCCAGAAAAGAGAUGGUUUACAGAUGAAGCAGAAAACGCAUACCCAAGGAACAUUCAAAUCAAGCCCAUGAGCACUCACAUGGCCAACCAAGUCAAUCAGUACAAAUCCACUAGCAGUCUGAUUCCACCUAUCCGAGAAGUCGAAGAUGAAUGCUGAAUGAAUCCUUUACCAUUACGGAGGGACUUGGGUCAUCCUGCUGUAAAAGACGAGCACUAAUCGCGAAACCAUGACUGUGAUGAUGGCGACACAUUGUUUUUCCCUUGUUCGACUCGAGGGUUUGAAGCGAUUGAGAACUGGAAGGGACUUCCUAUGUGUAUACCUUUAAUGUUACUUCCAUACUUUUAUAUAUGUAUACAUAGUGAUGUACAUAAUGACAAUCAAGUAAGGAUUGUACAGCCCCUAGCACUUUUUGAAAUUAUGUUAACAGGCAAACAAAAGAAAAAAGUACUUUCUGUGAUUCAUUGCAAUAUAUUUCACCUCUGCCGUGACCUGACUCCAUGCAGAGGGCGCUAUAAUGGAGGAUGAGGGUCACCGUCGUUCACUUCAUCCAAACACUACCCAAAGAUCAGCCCCGCCGAUUGUGUUGCGUAUCCGUUGUCCGUUUCGUUUUGCACUACCACAUAAUAACUCCAGCACUGCUCGCAGAAGAGUCAAAGCUUUCCCUCGGUUCUCCUCUGAGUUUGAGGCUGACGUCACAGGCUGUUAACUGAAUGGUUUUGUUCAGGGAAACGAGUGCUUGCGUGACUGUAUUUGUGCAUGGUGUGUGCCGAAGGCUGCCUGAAGUAACCUGAACGUGUGGCUCAGGGAAGGAUGCCCAUUUCCAUCCCUACAGACCGUUUAGGCACGUAUACACAUGGAAAUGUUUGCUGUACCUAAUGCAAAUGGCCAUCCCCAACGUAGCUCUUUGGAAUUGGCAAUACAUUGAGGAUAUGCACUACUCCUGUUGAUGUCUUUCCAUCAUCCAUGACUGCUGGUGUGGGAAAACCGUCUGUGAUCGAGGCUUAUAACAUGUUUGCGUCUGUGGCUCUGCUGUUAAUACGACUGAAUGGAACACUACUGUAACCUGCUGAUAAUUCAACAAUGAUUGAGCUUUAAUGCUGAGAAAAUUAAUAAAAUAUCCAAUUGAAAAUGCCACAUAUUGCGAAAAGUGGGCAUCAAUGGUUCCUCCUUUGGGUGUAGCCACUGCCUGACACCAGGUUGGCACAAGGGCAGAAAAGUGCUUGGAUGUUCCCUGUGACCAACCGUGAUGCCUUAAACUCUAAGCUCAAUCAUAAUGUUCAAUUAUCAGCCAAAGCUGUAACUUGUGGAUGACUCUUGCUGUGUACUGAAUGGAUUUGAACGUCACUCACUUCUAUCAAGGCAACACGGCUAUGUUGUACCUUUAAGUAGAAUGUAUAUUGAUACAAAUGCUUCACAGACCUUUGAACUUUGAUUCAAGUGCUCUGUCAGAUUUAUACAUAAGUACAUACUUAUUUUUUAUCCAUGAGCGUAA